AUGCUGUGUUCGAAUGUGGGGGCUGACAAAACUCUUGGGCCAGACGGUUUCUACUUCAACUUCAUAAAAUGGUAUUGGAAUAUUUUUGAGUCUGAUUUUAAUAACUUACUGGCUAACUUUUACAGAAAAGGACAAAUCGAUAAAGGUUGCAGCUCUUCAUUCAUAACUCUUGUUCCAAAAAGCAAGGACCCGGUGGGGAUGAGAGACUACCAUCCGAUCAACCUUAUUGGGGUGAUUAGUAAAGCUAUUUCGAUGGACCUUGCAAAUCGCCUAAAAAAGGUCAUUGGAUCUAUCAUUUCGGAAAAUCAAACGGCGUUUCUUAAAGGCAGGUAUAUUCUCGACAACCCUUUAAUGGUAAAUGAAUUAACUUCUUGGAUUAAAAAGUGCAAAUGGGUGGAAGGGGUUCUAAAAUCGGCUAGAUCCGCGGUGUUAUUGAACGGAUCUCCUACAUUUGAAUUUGGUUGCUCCAAAGGGAUCAGACGGGGAGAUCAGUUAUCUCCGUUAUUGUUCCUUUUGGUCAUGGAGGCGCUGUCUAGCAUCUUUUGCAAAGCAGGUCUAGAAGGAAUUUUCGAAGGCAUUCAAAGGCCUAAUAACGGUCCGGUUAUUUCUCACCUAUUUUAUGCGAACGACGCGCUGAUAUUAGGGGAUUGGGAUAGGGGGAAUGUGAAGAAUGUGGGUAGAUGCCUUAGAAUUUUUUACUUAUGUUCUGGAUUGAAAAUUAACCUUCACAAAUCUUAUCUUUAUGGGUUGGGGGUGGAUAACGAUGACACUAAGGAUACGGCGAAUGUGAUUGGGUGUAAGUAUGAUAACACCCCGGUGUCUUAUUUGGGUAUUAAGGUUGGGGCCAACACGAAUAGAAUAAGAAAUUGGGAUCCAGUUAUCGAAAUUUUUGAUAAAAGAUUAUUGGUUUGGAAAGCAAAAACUUUGUCUAUAGGGGGAAGAUUAACUUUGAUUAACUAUGUUUUGGAGAGUUUACCUAUUUAUUACUUUUCUCUGUAUAAAGCUCCAGCCGGUAUAAUUAAAAGCCUUGAAGCUAAGAUGAGAAAGUUCCUGUGGGCGGGGUCUAUUGAUAAAAAUAAAAUGAACUAG